AUGUCCGGCAUGCUCGCUACCGGCCUCAGGUCCGGCUCGUUUGCCCGUGCGUCCACUUCGGCACUGAGGCCUCUGGCCAUGGCUGCUCGCCCCCUGUCGACCUCGGCCCCCGCGACUGCCGCGCAGCCCGUCCCCAUCACCACCAUCGCCAACCGCGGCUCCAACCAGCAGAGCCUCGAGACUCCUCGCAACGGUGCCGGUACGUCGUCACAGAUUGUCCAUGUUGUGGCCACGAGCAGGGACAACGUUUUGCGUCAUGCUGGCAAGGAGAUGGGCAAGGAGUACAUCCUCACCACCCUCGACAAGAUUGUCAACUGGGGUCGCCAGGGCUCGAUGUGGCCCAUGACCUUCGGUCUUGCGUGCUGUGCCGUCGAGAUGAUGCACAUGGCCGCCGCCCGUUACGACCAGGACCGUCUGGGUGUGGUGUUCCGUGCGUCGCCGCGUCAGUCCGAUAUCAUGAUCGUCGCCGGUACCCUCACCAACAAGAUGGCCCCCGCGCUCCGCAAGGUCUACGACCAGAUGCCCGAGCCCCGCUGGGUCAUCUCUAUGGGCUCGUGCGCCAACGGUGGUGGUUACUACCACUACUCGUACUCGGUCGUCCGCGGCUGUGACCGCAUCGUUCCCGUCGACAUUUACGUUCCCGGAUGCCCACCAACCGCCGAGGCGCUCCUGUACGGCAUGCUCCAGCUCCAGCGCAAGAUGCGUCGCAACAGGCAGGGCGUGCGCUGGUACCGCAAGUAG